UCACAGCGUUCCUGUGGGCUUUGUUAUGGACUUGCGGAGCGGCCGCACGACCUCGGGAUUGGGAGGAGGGAGCCUUGUUCUGGCCCCUGCUGUGGCCCGGCCUGGCUGCGGAAACCUGACAAGUCCUCUCCCUGACGCACCACAGCCUCCCCCGCUGAGAAGUUUGCUAACCUCCUUCCGGCGCUGAACAACCCACGGCUCCCGGAGGCGUGGCCUGAGGGGCGGGGCUUGUGGGCGUCCUGGAGAUGGUGCCUAGCAACGUCAAGGGCAGGCUACGUCGCGGGGGAGGUCCUCCUGGAAGGGAAUUCAUGAACAACUCCAGAGAGGAUGCUCUGGAGCCUGACCCGGCUCCCUCACAGCACAUCCCAAAGCUAUGGGUGAAUCCAGUCCCAGAGGAGACCCUACAGCGCAUCUUUGGGACCAGCCAGGUGUUCCAGAACAUUGAUUAUAUAAAGCCAAAGGUCGUGGGAUUAACGGUGCCCCUCAAAGUCAGGGAGUACUACCAUCAAGGCCAGCAGUGCUUGGAGAAAGAAGACUGGGAGAUGGCCGUGCUGUACUUUUCCCGCGCCGUCCACCUGGACUCCCAGCUGGUAGACUUCUACGCUUUGCGAGCUGAGGCCUACAUCCAGCUUUGUGACUUCUCCUCGGCCGCCCUGAACCUGCGAAGGGCCUACUCCUUCCAGCCGGAGAACACCAAGUACCUGGAGCGGCUUACCUUCGUCCUUUACCUUCAGGGCCAGUGCCUGUUCGAACAGUGUGCCUUCUCGGAAGCCCUGAAAAUCUUCUUGCAAGCCUCUGCACUGCAGCCCGAGAAAGCCAGCUUCCGCUACCGGUGCAUGGCCUGUCUCCUGGCCCUCCAACGGCACCAGGACUGCCUCUCGCUCGUCACCAAGGAGGUGCAGCUUGGCACGACCAAUCCCGAUGUCUACAUCCUCCGGGCCAGGCUCUACAACUUCUUCCAGAAGCCUAGCCUCUGUUUUCGAGACCUGCAUAGUGCCUUGCUGAUGGAUCCCAAGCACCCACAGGCCAAGGUGCUGCUCAGGAUGUUGGUGGACCAAGCUCAGCAGGCUUGCCAGGACGCCAGGACCUUGGCCGUGCAGGGCAAGCUUCGGCACGCUCUGCAGCACAUCAACUGUGCCAUCGAGAACAACCCUCUGGAUCCUGGACUCUUUCUUUUCCGGGGUACCAUGUACCGCCUCCUCCAGGAGUUUGACGCUGCUGUGGAGGACUUCUUGAAGGCGCUGGACAUGAUGAGCGAGUCCCAGGAGGACAUGGUGCAGCAGGCACAGCGACAGCUGCUGCUGGCCUACAACGACUUCGCGGUGCACUGCUACACGCAGGGCGCCUACCAGGAGGGGGUGCUGCUGCUCAACAAGGCCCUCAGGGACGAGCAGCAGGAGAAAGGCCUGUACAUCAACCGUGGAGAUUGUUUCUUUCAGCUGGGCAAUCUGACCUUUGCGGAGGCCGACUACCAGCAGGCGCUGGCACUGAGCCCACAGGACGAGGGUGCCAACAUGCGCAUGGGCCUGCUGCAGGAGAAGAUGGGCUUCUGCGAGCAGAGGAGCAGGCAGUUCCAUAAGGCGGAGAGCCACUUCUCCAUGGCCAUCCAGCACAGCCCCCAGCAGCCCCAGUACUACCUGCACCGUGCCAGGAGCCGCCAGUUCCUGCAGGACAUUAUGGGAGCCCGCCUGGAUGUGGCCACCGUCCUGCUCCUCAACCCCAAACAACCUAAGCUGCUCCCACUGGUGACCAGCCUCUUCCCAGGCAUGUCGGUGGAGGAGGUGCUCAGCAGCCAGGUGGCCCACCUGGCCCGCCUGCAGCUCGAUCGGGUGUUGGAGAGCAGGCUGCAGGCUGGCAUCCCUCAAGGCAUCGUGGGGCAGCUCAGGGAGCGGGAACAAGAGCGCCAGAAGGCACGGGCCCUGCGGCUCUUGUGGAAGCGGGAACGGCCUCUGGCUGAGACCUCUGAAGAGCUCAAGGCCACCCCGCAGACCCUGGAGGAAAAGCCAGAAGGCCCAGAGGAAGAACCUGAGGCCCCCAAGGAGGAGGGAAAACAGGAGGAGAAGCCGAAGCCUGCGCCCAGCCAGGUGACAUCCCUGUCCGACAGCUACUUCAGCCAGACCUCUUCAGGCUCCAUCUUGGGCUUCAGGGUCAUGUCCACCCCAGAGACAGAGACAUCCACUACCUGCCAGGAUUACAAGAGCAGCUCGGCCACUGCUCUGACAUCCUCAGACUCCUCACUGCUGAAGACUCAAUCCUCAGACCUGCUGGACAGCAGGGAAGACCUAAACUUGGGCCACAGCCCCAGAAAAACCAAAGCCACCGAGGACCAGAGCCGCAGGCCCAGCAAGACCGAGGUCGCCCAGGGCCAGAGCUGUAGUUCCAGCCAGACAGAGGCCACCCAAUGCCCAAGACAAAAGCCUAACGAAACCAAGGCCACUAGGGGCCCAAGACAGAGGUUCAGAAAGGCCAAAGGUGCCCAUGGCCAGAGCUGGGGACCCAGUAAGGCUGCCACCCAGGGCCAGUGCUGGGGACUGAUCCGAAGUUCCAGCAAGACCAAGGAUUUCUGUGACCCAAGUUGGAGCCCCAGCAACAUUGAGGCCACUCAGGGCCAACACCAGACGCCCAGCGAGACCAAGACUGCCCAGAGUUGGAGCCAGAGCACAAGCCCAGAUUCCAGCAAGACAGAGGUCACCAGGGGACUGAGCCCAAGUCUCAGAAAACCCCAGACCACCUAGGGCCUGAGCCAGAACCCCAGAAAAAUCAAGCCUGGCCAGGAUCCCAGCCCCAGCCUCCCUCACCUCUUGCUGGGGACGGAAGAGAUUCUAACCGCCCCCCACCCCCACCCCCAACACACGCACACACUCACUGGCGCUCAGCGAAAUAGGCUCCUUCCAGAGCAAUUAGAUACCUCAGCCAACAUUCCUCUGGUCCCAUGGCUAAGUUUAUUGUGUUUGUUCUCUUAUAAAAUUAAAAACUUUAAAAACUA